AUGCAAUUCACCAAAGCGGCCGCUGCCCUCGCCUGGCUCGCCUUCGUGGCUGCCCAUCCAGGUCACGAUAUCGCCCAAGAAGUUGCCGAGCGCCGCGAUUUCCUCAACUCAGUCAAGCGCACAACGCUCAGUCACUGUGCCGACAAGCUCAAGGCACGCGGCAUCGAGGCUAGAAAUGUGGCCAGACGCCAGGCGGAGAUUGCGAAGGCUCGCCAGAAGCGCGGACUCAAGAAACGAGACUUCACUGACGUCCUCAACACCGUCCACAACAAGACGGACCAGGGUUUUACCGUUGACACCAAUCCCGCCACGCUGUUUGCUGGAUACAACUCGUGCCUCUUGACUCCUGAGGUGACCCAGGGCCCCUACUACGUCGCUGGCGAGUAUGUGCGCGAGGAUCUGGUCGAGGACCAGCCCGGCGUGAGCUUGAUUCUCGACUACCAAGUCAUCGACAUCGAGACGUGCGAGCCGGUGCCCAAUGUAUACCUCGAGAUGUGGCACUGCAACGCCACAGGCGUCUACGGCGGCAUUGUAGCCAGCGGCAAUGGCGACAGCACGGACACGAGCAACAUCGACAACACGUGGCUGCGCGGCAUUCAGCCUACCAACGAGGACGGCGUCGCCCAGUUCCAGUCCAUCUUCCCCGGCCACUACGUCGGGCGCACCACGCACAUCCACGUCAUGGCUCACACUAACGCCACUCUCCAGGCUAACAAGACCCUAGGCCUGGAGAAUUACGCCAGUCACGUCGGCCAGGUCUUCUUUGACCAGGACCUGAUUAGUGCCGUGGAAAGUGUUGCACCGUACUCGACCAACCAGCAGGCGCUGACGACCAACGAGGAGGACGGCAUCAUGGCCCAGGAGGCCGCGACCGAGGGUGUCGACCCUAUCAUGGAGUACACGCUGCUCGGGGACAGCGUUGAGGAUGGCAUCUUUGGAUGGAUCGCAUUUGGCAUUAACACGACUGUGUCAAACCGCAUCACCCCGGCCGUGUACCUCUACGAGGAGGGUGGUGUCGCGAACCCGAAUGCUGGUGGAGGCAUGGGCGGCGGCCCACCGGGCACUGGUUUCCCUACCGGCUUCCCCAGUGGCAUCCCUACAGGAUCUGGCUCCUCUUUGCCUACCUCCCUGUCCUCUGAGUCUGCCAUCUCUUCGGCCGCGAGCUCCUCUGCAUCUUCCGCCGUCACGUCGGUGGCUACCUCUUCAGGCUCUUCUUUGCGCCCGGGUCGCCCUGGUACUCGCCCGGAUGGUAAACAGCGUCCUGGUACUCAGGGAAUUGCCCAGCGUCCUGGCCAGCAGCGCGGAAACUGA